UGGGACCCAACCCCCUCCCAUACACCCACAACCACACCUCACCCCGUACACACAAAACCUCAACACCCCAGACACACCCAGCCACUAUCCACUGUGCCUCAGCAUCAAGAUGAUCACCUUGGGAACUCUCCUAGCCUGCUGCCUCCUGGUAGCCACAGCGGCCGAACCGAAGAAUCUGGACAGAGUUGUGACCAAAGCUCUGGUUCUGAGCAAUGGUCUCGACUGGGGGAACUGGGGCCCGGCCGAGUACUGUGAAGAUGGGAGCUUCGCCAUGGAAUUUGAAGUCAAGUUUGAGCCAUACAGCAUCCUGAAUACAGACGAGACUGCUGUUAAUGCUGUCAAGUUAUAUUGUUCAACUCUUGAGCUUCACCCCACCGGGUAUAUCCUGUCCUCUGAAGGCGAGAAGGGAGAGUGGCAAGGCAUGAGGGUGUGUGAAAAUGGCUUCCUGACGGGGAUGAGAGCCAAGGUGCUGGCCCCGAGAGGCGUGGCUCUGGACGACGUGGCCGUUCAGGAUGUUAUGAUGGAGUGUGACUACGGUGACACCGUGAUUAUAGGGGUUGACAGUCACGCCAGGAUUCCAGAUGGUGACUGGAGUACCUGGGCUCGCUGCCCUAAUGGAUCAGCCAUCUGUGGCCUGGAGACCAGACUUGAGGAUCCCAACCUAGUGGUGGACGACACUGGCAUCACUGACAUUUCUAUGUACUGUUGUUCUCUUGACGGCCUGCGGCGGCGCCGUCAGUAAACCAGCAGGGUGUGAUGGCCCCCAGCAGGGGUUGAUGCCCCCCAACAGCGGGUGAUGCCCCUUCCCUCAUAACGACCCUCCUGUUACCGCUGUUGUUGUCCCCCAUGCUGUUUAGAACCGACCAGAUGAGGCAUUCGAUGCGUGUGCAGCAUCUGGGUACCUUUACCCGAAGACUUUUCGGCAAACAAGUGGUUUUUUCAAUCCACUUCGGAUAUAAUAUACGAAGACAGAAGAAAUUGAGCUAAUCAGUCCCUCUCUACCUUGCAGAAAAGGUCGCGGUUGGCGAAAUGUUUUCUGAUAAAGAUAGCCAAUUACUGUGCAUGUGUAUUAUUUAUUCUUGCUACUGCAACAAUAAGAAUACACAAUAAAAAAUACACCUAUUUUGUUACAUUUGUUACACACACACACACACACACACACACACACACCACACACACACACACACAACACACACACACACACACACACACACACACCACCUUCACUACACUUACCACCUACACCACCAGAGAUUGUAUCAUCACCACACAUAGUAUCACCACUAGUAGCACCAAAGACAUCAUUACCAAAAUCAACACCACCAGUACCAUUGCCACCCCAACUAGAAUCAUCACCUAAAUGACAACCACUACUAUGAAAUUUAAACAUUUAAACACACCCAUACAGUCACUGUCACACAUUACACACCUCCACCACACACACCUCUACCACCACACACACCACUACCACACACACCUCUACCACCACACACCCAACACCACACACACCUCUACCACCACACACACACCU